GAGAGAGAGAGAGAGGGGGGAGGCAGGAGGACAGCGGGUCAGGGGAGAGAGCCAAAGGGGGCGUGGGAUCCUACUGUGGAGCCAGCCAGUGUGGCGGAUUGGGGCGAGGCUACGUGCAUGGCCACCGGCAGCAGCAAGUGGUGGCAAGGGCCAAUGGACUUCCCGCCGCAGCCGCAGCCGCAGCAGAUGCAGCAGCAUCAGCCGCUCCAGCACCAGCACGAGCCGCUGCAGCUGCCGGCGGUGACCAUGCCGGCGCCGGCUCCAGCGGUGGCCGCCCCGGCCGCCUCGCCGGAGAGCAAGCAGCAGCAGCAGCAGGGCCAGGGCCAGGGCGAGGGGCAGAUGGGGGCGGCGGCGGGGGCCAUCGUGCCGCUGCGGAGGCCGCGGGGCCGGCCGAUGGGGUCCAAGAACAAGCCCAAGCCGCCGAUAAUCAUCACGCGCGACAGCCCCGACGCGCUCCACUCGCACAUCCUGGAGGUGGCCCCGGGCGCGGACGUCGCCGCCUGCGUCGCCGAGUACGCGCGCCGCCGCGGCCGGGGCGUCUGCGUGCUGGGCGCGUCCGGCUCCGUCGUGGACGUCGUCGUGCGCGGCGCGGCCUCGGCCGCGCCCCUCCCGGGGCGCUUCGAGCUCCUCUCCAUGACCGGCACCGUGCUCCCGCCCCCGGCGCCGUCCGAGGCGUCCGGCCUCGCAGUCAUGCUCUCCGCCGGGCAGGGCCAGGUCCUCGGUGGCUGCGUCGUGGGGCCGCUCGUCGCCGCCGGGCCCGUCACCCUCUUCGCCGCCACCUUCGCCAACGCCGUCUACGAGCGCCUGCCCCUCCAGGACGCCGCCGACGCCGACGUCAAGCCCGACCUCUCCGCCGCCCCCGACGCCUCGGUCCCGCAAGAAGUGCAAGCGCAGCAGCCACUGGCGAUCUCCCAGGCCAUGGCCAUGGGCGCGGGCUACCCCGACCACCGCUCACCGCAGUACCCGUGGGGAGGCCACCAGGGAGGCGGCAUCUGAUGGAUCGAUCGUUAACUCUUUUCCUGGUGUUCUUGCUCCUAACAUCCAUCCUCUAGACAAAAGUAGGUUUUGGCAAGUUGGUUCAUUCAUGGAGUGCUCUUCUUGGGCUCUUAUUGUGAUUUUGUCGUGCAAGAUCAGCAGAAUAUGGCGACCAAGUACAUCUCUUCUCAGGCGAUGGAGCCACAUUUCGUGUGGUUAAUUGGAGGUCAGUGUUCUACUAGUAGUUUUACAGCUUCUCGGGCUGAGUUGUUAGUGUAUUUGCUAGCAUUGCGAACAUGUGAAAUGUGAUUAAUGACUGGGGAAAUUGGAAAUUUGUUGUUAAUGGCUGGGGAAAUUGGAAAUCUUUUGUUACCUGAGA